AUGGAGGAGGAUCGGGCGCAAACGGAUCUUGGCAUAGCCGCCGAUAUUGAGGCGUCUCAUCGCGAAGAGGAGGCGGUAACCCAGCCAGUGAUGAAGCAGCCGAAGAAGCGCUUCGUAGGCAGAAGAACUGCGGCCGAGGCCGCUGCGAGGAACGGAGGCUCAAACGGAUCUAUCGAGGAUAGCAACUCCAUUCAAGUGGCACAGCCAAAGAGAGGCCCUCGUCUUCUGAACCAAGUUCCUCCAGAUAUUCUUAACGACCCGGCACUCAAGUCUGCUAUUUCCAUUCUCCCCUCGAACUACAGCUUCGAGAUCCCCAAGACAAUCCACCGCAUCCGCUCCUCUGGCGCCAAGAAGGUCGCCCUCCAGAUGCCCGAGGGCCUCCUCCUCUUCGCCACGACAAUCUCGGACAUCCUCACCGAGUUCUGUCCAGGUAUCGAGACGUUGAUCAUGGGAGACGUCACCUAUGGCGCCUGUUGUAUAGACGACUAUACCGCCCGUGCCAUGGGCUGCGACCUUCUGGUGCACUAUGCCCACAGCUGCCUCAUCCCCGUCGACGUCACCAAGAUCAAGACGCUCUACGUGUUCGUCGACAUCAGUAUCGACACUUCGCACCUCCUCGCAUCGCUCGAGCGCAACUUCGCCUCGGGCAAGACCAUCGCCAUUGUUGGCACCAUCCAGUUCAACGCCACAAUCCACGGGGUCCGUGGCACCCUAGAGAAGGCGGGCUUCAAGGUCCUCGUGCCGCAGAUCGCGCCGCUGAGCAAGGGCGAGAUCCUGGGCUGCACGAGCCCGCAGCUCAAGGACGACGAUAAGGUCGACAUGAUCCUGUACCUCGGCGACGGCCGCUUCCACCUUGAGAGCAUCAUGAUCCACAACCCGAGCAUACCUGCCUACCGCUACGACCCGUACUCGCGCAAACUGACGCGCGAGACGUACGGCCACGACGAGAUGCAGGACCUGCGGCGGACGGCAAUUCGGACGGCCAAAACGGCGCGGAAAUGGGGUCUCAUCCUCGGCUCGCUGGGCCGCCAGGGGAACCCGCAUACGAUGGGGCUCAUCGAGAAGCGUCUCAAGGAGCGCGGGAUUCCCUGGGUGAACCUGUUACUGAGCGAGAUUUUCCCGGGGAAGUUGGCCAUGAUGGGCGAUGUGGAGUGCUGGGUGCAAGUUGCUUGCCCGCGGUUGAGCAUCGAUUGGGGGUACGCUUUCCCGCGGCCGUUGCUGACGCCAUACGAAGCACUCGUUGCACUCGAGGUCAGAGAUGACUGGGGUAAGGGGGUGUAUCCCAUGGACUACUACGGAAAGGAUGGUCUGGGGCGGACGAAGCCAGCUCAGCUGGAGGCCAAUGCUUGA